CUCCCAAGAUACUUAAUUAAACCUCGAGAGGUUUCUUCGCCUUUUGCAGGAACGAAAAUACCAUCCCUCUCGAUGAAAACAUUCUUCUCCUUCUCCUUCUUCCUUUUCGUAAGACUUGCAGCCUCAGGGGAAUAUGACUUCACUUUCAAUGGAUUCAGGAAUACCAACCUGAGCAUUGAUGGCAUUGCUUCAGUCACGUCUAAUGGCCUUCUUAAGCUGACCAACAAAACACAGGAUAUGACAGGCCAUGCCUUCUACCCUCUUCCCCUCCACUUUAAGUCUGAAACCGGUAGCACCCUCUCCUUCUCCACUACUUUUGUGUUUGCUGUCCUCUCUGAGGUCUCUGAUCUCAGUGGCCAAGGCAUCACCUUCUUUGCUUCUCGUACUACUAACUUCUCUCUCCCUUCUCCACCCCAGUAUUUGGGCAUCUUCACGGAAAGUAACAAUGGAAGAGCGAGCAACCACAUCUUGGCCGUUGAACUUGACACCAUUCAGAACCCUGAAUUGCAAGAUAUCAAUGACAAUCACGUUGGAAUUGACAUCAACAGCUUGAUCUCCAACAAGUCAUGUCCUGCUGGCUACUAUGAAGAUAGUACUGGUUCAUUUCAAAAUUUGACUCUAAUCAGUGGCAAUCCAAUGCAAGUAUGGAUAGAUUUUGAUGGUGAAGAGAUUCAGAUCAAUGUUACCUUAUCCCCCAUGGGAAUGCCUAAACCUCAAAGGCCCCUCUUGUCCUCGACUAUUGAUAUUUCAAGCUUGAUGCUUGAUUCCAUGCAUGUAGGUUUCUCUUCAUCGGAUGGCCCUUUUCAUACUGAGCAUUACAUUCUUGGGUGGAGCUUCAAGAUGAAUGGGGUAGCAAGACCUCUUGAUUAUACAAAGCUUCCUUCACUACCUGUUCAUAAACGGAAAGUGAAGUCUGUAGUUAUGGCCACAUGGCUGGUCAUAGUUUCAUGUUUCUUUGUGUUACUAGUUGUUGCUUUGACUGUUGUUAUAGUGAGGAAGAGGAACAAAUAUGCUGAGCUGCUUGAGGAUUGGGAGCUCGACUAUGGUCCUCAUAGAUUUUCAUACAAGGAUCUGUUUCAAGCCACAAAAGGGUUCAAAGAGGAAACUUUACUUGGGAGUGGAGGCUUCGGUAGAGUUUACAGAGGUGAGUUGCCUAACUCCAAGAUGGAGAUUGCAGUUAAGAAAAUCUCUCAUGAUUCAAGACAAGGCAUCAGAGAGUUUGUGGCUGAAAUUGUUAGCCUUGGCCAGCUCCGCCACCGAAACCUUGUUCAGCUCUUAGGCUACUGCCGCCGUAAAGGAGAGCUCCUCUUGGUCUAUGAUCUAAUGGAGAAUGGUAGUCUUGAUAAAUUCUUAUAUGGUCGAAAGAAGCCUACUAUCAACUGGACUCAAAGGUUCCAAAUCAUCAAAGGGGUGGCUUCAGGUCUUUUAUACCUCCAUGAAGAUUGGGAGAAGGUUGUGCUCCAUAGAGACAUCAAGGCCAGCAACGUGUUGUUAGAUAGAGAAUUGACCGGAAAGCUUGGAGAUUUUGGCCUUGCAAAAUUAUAUGAUCGUGGCUCUGAUCCUCAAACUACUCGUAUUGUUGGAACAAUGGGUUAUCUGGCACCUGAGCUUCCUAUGACUGGAAAGGGUUCGACCAUGACUGAUGUAUUUGCAUUUGGUGUCUUCCUAUUUGAAGUGGUUUGUGGUAGGAGACCAAUUGAGUUCCAAGCAGACGGUGAAGACGUGGUUCUUGGGGAUUGGGUACUUGAGAAUUGGAAGAUGGGUUUGCUGAUGGAGACAGUGGACCAAAGAUUGAGAGAGUAUUGUGUCGGUGAAGUCGAGUUAGUAUUAAAGCUCGGAUUGCUAUGCUCACAUCCAGUUCCUGAAGCUAGGCCAAGCAUGCGGCAAGUGGUGCAAAUUUUAGACAGAGAUGCAGAACUAUCCGAGCUAUUGCCAAGUUUUAUGAACUUUAGCUCUCUGUCAUUAUAUCAGAGUAUAGGGUUUGAUAAUUAUAUCAUGCCGAUCACCUCAUCGGAUUCCCCUCUUCCUGCUGUGUCAAGAGGUCGAUGAUCGCUUUGUAAGGAGAAUAAUUCUCUUUCUGUAUGUAGAAGUGCUACUUGCUCAUCAAAAGCUAGAUGCCUGUUAGUUUUUUCUCUCCUUUUUUGUUUGGUUGGAAGACUUAUAUCUGAGACUUCUUAAACCACCUUGACCCCUCUACCACCCGAGCCAGGUUCACAAGCAGCAGAAUAUAUCUUUGAGCAAUGUGCAAUAGGCUGCUUAACUGUUAUAUUGCAAUAGAUUUCUUUGGGAGUCUGCUGCUUUAAAACCAAGGCGAUUGAGUGGUGAAUAGACCAACAUGGUUAAACCUUCAUCUUUCUGUGUAUUAAGAAUUUGUUUUCUUAAAACUUUGCCCUAGUUAAGAAGAAUCCUAAUUAGGGUGCACCAUCGGUCAGACAAAAGAUCGGUCACUCAA